UGUCCCUGCAGUUUCUCAGGCUCAGAGAGGUUCUCAGAGGCUCAGAGAAACUUCCCCGAUAUGCCACAGCUAGGAGGCAGCAGCAGGAUUUAGACAUAGGCACAGGUAGGAUCCUAUGACCAGCUGCCCAUUCCAGCCCACAGUGAUGGAGGCAAAUGAUUCCUCUCGUGUGGAUUCUGAGUUCCGAUACACCCUCUUCCCAAUUUUUUACAGCAUCAUCUUUGUGUUGGGGGUCCUCGCCAACAGCUAUGUGCUGUGGGUCUUUGCCCGCCUGUACCCUUCCAAGAAAUUCAAUGAGAUAAAGAUCUUCAUGGUGAACCUCACCAUGGCUGACCUGCUCUUCCUGGUCACCCUGCCCCUGUGGAUCAUCUACUACUACAAUGAGGGCAACUGGAUUCUUCCUGAAUUCCUGUGCAACCUGGCUGGCUGCUUCUUCUUCAUUAACACCUACUGCUCAGUGGCCUUUUUGGCCGUCAUCACUUAUAACCGCUUCCAGGCUGUAACACAGCCCAUCAAGACCGUUCAGGUCACCACCCGCAAGCGUGGCAUCCUUUUGUCCCUGAUCAUCUGGGUGGCCAUUGUGGCCACUGCAUCCUACUUCUUCAUCCUGGACUCCACCAACACAGUGCCCAACAAGACUGGCUCGGGCAACAUCACACGCUGCUUUGAGCACUACCAGAAGGGCAGCAUCCCGGUCCUCAUCAUCCACAUCUUCCUCGUGUUCAGCUUCUUCCUCGUCUUCCUCAUCAUCCUCGUUUGCAACCUGGUCAUCAUCGUCACGCUGCUCACACAGCCGGUGCAGAUGCAGCGCAGUGCAGAGGUCAAGUGCCGGGCACUCUGGAUGGUCUGCACGGUCCUGGCUGUGUUCAUCAUCUGCUUUGUGCCCCACCACAUUGUACAGCUGCCCUGGACCCUGGCUGAGCUGGGCUUCCAGAACAGCAACUUCCACCAGGCUAUUAAUGAUGCACAUCAGGUCACUCUCUGCCUCCUUAGUACCAACUGUGUCUUAGACCCCAUCAUCUACUGUUUCCUCACCAAGAAGUUCCGUAAGCACCUCACGGAGAAGUUCUACAGUAUGCGCAGCAGCCGGAAAUGCUCCCGGACCACCAUGGAGACAGGCACCGAAGUGGUCAUGCCGCUCAAACAGGUCCCUGUCAAUUCCUUCAAAGAUUAGUCCCGGAUUGUUGGAGCCCAGAGGCUUAUCCUCCAUGGACAUCAUGGAGUGACCUGGGGGAGGAAGGGGUGUCUGAUGUGGCCCUGGCACCUCCUCCCUGGGCAGCGGUGGCCCAUUAGGUAUGGAGGCUACCUCACCAAGGUGUCGAUGCUGGCAGAGCCAGACUGCUGGGAAAUCCAGAACUUGAAUGAGCCCUUUCAGCCACCUUUGGGCACAUGCCAUAAUCACCUUGGUUGGUAACCUCAUCCUGAGCGCCUGAGUCUGAUAGCUCUGGAAGGAGUGUCAGGGCCGGGGCGGUCCUUGGGGGUUGACACGGAGCCACCCCGUUCACCCUACCAGGACAGCAGUCCCAAAUGAGUAAGUCCUAAAGUUUUGGGCAACCACUCCCUUUAUCACUAAAAAGUCAGAGAAGGGGUUUUGGAAAAUGGAUGCUCCCUUCGCCGUGUGGCACCAUCUUUGGGAUAGACUUUUGAGCUAGGAUGAUGCCACCCAGUCUCUACCUAAAGGCACAAGGUCUUUGUGACACUUCUUAGGGGAAGUGGCUUGGUGGAACCUUCUCCCGAGUCAUGCAACAACCUGUACUGAGUGGUGAGCAGAGAAGAUAAAACAUUCAGAGACUGAAAGCUAGGAUGGGGAGCCUGUCUCCUGGGGCAGAUGUGUGUUUCCGCACAGGCCUCACCUCAGGCCCGGGGCAGCUCUGGGGCAGCGGGAGAGACACAACACCCACAUCCACUUUCUGUCUCAACAAGGGACCCCGAUGAAGAAACUCCUGCAGGACAGCCACCCACUGUGGGUGGGCAAAGUCCCCUCAAAGCCAAAUUGGGGCCUUCCAGGCCACUGCGAUGCCCAGAGGCUUCCGUGGGAAAGGACGGUUAGGCUGAGAAGUGCCUGCAGGAAGGCCUCCAGAGCGGAAGGAGCCCGUCAGCUCCGCUCCCCACCUCACCUUCUGGGAGGCCCCCCUGACUUAGCUGCCACAAGCUGAGAAGAGCAACUAGAAUCCCAAGGGCAGGCAGGCACUUUGAGCUCUGGGUGCAGAAGAGAGGUGAAAACUUCUCUCGAGGAGUUCUAGAUGCCUGAGCCUCCUCUCGCACCCUGAGCACCUGCAGUGUGAACCUGACAGCCUCAGACCCAGGGGCUUGGAGGAGCCUUCCCUGGUUUCCAGAAAUCAUCUUCCCUUCCAGCCAGUGACCCCACAAAGCUGGGAUCCUCGUUUCCCGCAUACUGGGCUGAUUUUGAUAAAUGCCUCCCAAUGAGCCAGAGACCUGCUUGGGUCUGGGAUGGCAGCUGUGGGCUGGACUUAGCAGGUGGUGACUAGGUGGAUAGUGCAGCGGACUUGAACUUUGGUGUCACACAGACCCAGGUUCAAGCUGUGGCUUUGUCACUUCCUGCCCAGGGCCUGUGAACUGAAUUUCCGACCUCAUAGAGUUAUGAGGAGCAGAAACCUCUUGGUCAGGCUGACUGCUCAUCCCAGAUUCUCCCAUCUUCUGAGAAUUUGUUCCCCCCUAACCCUCCAGUAGGAGCUGAAGGGAUGAGAGGUGAGCGUCUGGCUCUGGUGGGGCCAGUCAGGUUCUCGCUUGGGAAUAAGUAGCAAGAUUCAGGGAUGCUCUUUCAGGCUCUGCAGGCCACUUACCGGAACACAUUUAAACUCUGGAGCUGUGUGUGCGUGUGUCUGCGUGUGUGUGUGUGUGUGUGUGUGUGUGUGUGUGAGGUGUGUGUGUGUGUGUGUGUGUGUGUGUGUGUGUGUGUGGCCAGCGGGCCAGGGUUGAGGGGGGCACCUGCAUGAAUGUAGUAGAGAAAACGGCUCUGCUCAGAGAGAAGACAGAGAUGUGCAGAGCAAAGCAGAGACCAGGGGGGACCGCAGGGGCCUGGAGAGAGGAGGGGCAGUGCUUCCAGGGGCCUGCUGGCUCCCUUCCUCCAGGCCCAGCCCUUCUCGAAGCUCAACAUCUGCGCUGCUUCCUUUGGGUCCUUGUGAGAUUCCCUUUUAGGAUACAUUUUCUUAUUUUGCUUAAGCUGAUUUGAGUGAUUAUCUAUUACUUGCAACC